UUUCUCCAAAUUUUUUGUUGAGAGACAAAGAACUUCAGUCAAUAAUCAAUUUCUCUUCUGUACUUGGAACUCUUCACAGGGAGAAAAUGGCUCAGGGGAAGAUAAUUGCACAAGAAAUAUCAAAGAAAAUGGUGACAUGGAACAGAAUUGAGAAGAGGGACAUCAUAAGCACCAUGCCAAAUGAGAUCGUUGCAAAUGUUCUGUCUCGGUUGACAUUGAAAGAAGCUGCUAGAACUAGCGUGUUGUCAACUACAUGGAGAUAUCAAUGGACCUAUUUCUCUGGGGACUUGAACUUUGAUAAUUCUCUCAGGACUCUUCUCUUGCGUCAUGAGAAUGUUGGACUUUUGACCAAGUGCAAAGUUUUUGUUCGUGAGUGGGAGAUGUUCAUGAGCCUUUUGCAACAUGUGAUGAAAUCGUUGAAAUGUCACUCCAUGCAUGGACUCAGAAUCUGCAUGGAUUUGGGCAACCCUUGGAAGGUGACUGAGUGGGUGAAGUUUGCUGCAGAAAAGAAUGUUGAAACUUUGGACCUGGAUUUUUCAUACAAUUUCAUGGAACCAUUCUUUGAAAUAAGUGAGAAUAUUCGAAAUGUGUUGUCAAAGAGUUUUGAAAUGAGGGUACUGAGAGUCCUUCGUUUGGCUUCUGUGGACGUGAGUGCUGGGAUCAUUGAGAGUUUUCUAGCAUCUUCUCCAGUGCUUGAAACAUUAUCCGUCAGAGGAUCAAAAAGCGUUGUGAGCUUGAAAAUUCAGGGUCAAGGACUGAGGUUAAAGCAUUUGGAGUUGGUUGAAUGUCAUAUUUUGCAUCUUCAUAUCUGUGCUGAAAAUCUCAUGACAUUUACUUACACCGGAGAUUAUGGAAAUUUUAACUUUGAAACUGUUCCAAACCUUGUGGAAGUCUCCUUUGGAGGAAAAUAUUGUAAUUACCUGCUAUCGAACAUGCAAGAUGCUGAACUUUAUGCAGUACUUUCGCAGGUUCAUGUUCUGAAAUUGGAACUGUUUAUACUCUAUGGGGGAAUUCUUGAAGAUCUUCCUGUGUUAAGUAAUGUGAAAAACCUGGAACUACGAGUUCGUCACAGGUGUGGAGGGGAACUUGGUCGUACUGUUUCAUUACUGAGUGCAUUCCCUUCAAUAACUGUGCUUAAGAUUAAGUUCGUGAGGACCACUAUCUGGGAAUUGGAUGAGGGGUGGAAGGCCAAUCUGAAGCAUGAGUAUCCAAACCUGAGGGAGCUGGAAGUGUCUGGGUACAGAAGAGACACCUGUCAAAUUGAGUUGCUGAUCAGCAUAUUUAAAAAGGCACCAAAUCUCAACAGGAUUGUUGUGGAUCCCUUGGCUUCAAUGCAUGUGCAAAGAUCACCUGAUGUCAAGGCCAGCAUUAGAGAAACGCAACGUGAUAUGACCAUAUGGUAUGUUGAUGCUCUCAAACCUCAUGUGUCUCCUUCAACUCAGUUGAUCGUCCUCUAAUGCCAAAAGAGGUUACCAAUGGAAUGGAGGAGGCUUCUUUGGAGGUUUAUGAUGCUAUGUUAGUUCAAAAUUUUCUGCAGACUGUUUUCUUGCUGCUCUUGUCAAGCAUUUUGCAUGAACUAAGAGUGGUACUUUUCGGGCUUUCUAAUUCCUGAGACUCUUCAAGUUGAAUUUGAUUGAAUAAUUUGACUCCAUUCCAUGUUUGUUCUUCUACAUUUUAAAAUAUCUGCAGGAAUUGAUAUUUCCUUCUUUCUGAGCAUGACUUGAACUUAGACUAGUUUUGGUUGCCGUGCAUCAUAUAGAUAUGUUACAUGGUUGACAAUUUUAUUUUUAUUGAAAUCCCCUCCCCUGUGCUGCCAGAGUUGUACCAGACAUUUUUUUUGGGAGUUAAACUGUGAAUGAAGCCUAGUUUUCAACGAACAACAUGCUUUUUUAGAACUGAAGUAAUGGUGAUUUUAUCCGAUCGAAAAUAUUGGUUGAGUCUAUGAUACUCAUAUGACUUUCUUUUGGAAAAAAUCUCCAACUUGAAAAGAAACAAACAACAAAAGAAAUGGCCACUAUGCAGUAGCAGUGGUUCUACUCCAUCAAGCAAAAAAGGAAUAUAUUUUGAACAUGCUAUUGUGAAUUUCCUGAAUUUGGAUUCUUUGAAUUUUUCUUCUGAUAUGGUUUUAAAAUACACUUAUGGACACUGAUUUUGAUGUUUUAAAAUAUAUUAAAAAAGAUUUUAAUAUACCAACAUCAUUCAGUGUAUUUUUAGUGUUUAAUAGAGCAACACUGAAAAAAACCCAGUAGAAAAUCUAGACUCGAAUUUACAAACAUACAGCAGGUUAAAGAACCAUGUAAAUACAAGAAUUAAGCAUUUAAAACAGUUAAGUUAAACCUGUGAAAAAAAUUUAGUCUCCUUCAGAAUUGUUUUUCAUUUUGAAGUCCUAGAAAAUUGAAAGAUUGUUAUCCAAUCCCCUUUCACCUAAUUGGUAGAUAGAAAUAUAAUUCUAGUUUCCAAGGAAUAUAUGCACCGACAUGUAGUACAAAAGUAUUCCAAAAUCACUUGUUGGGAACACAAACUAAUGUAUUCCCAACAACAUGGUUAACAUAAUUCUCUAAGGUCAAGGUAGUAAAAAUAGGAAAAGGAUGAGCACAAAACAAAACAGGUACACAUCAAACCGAUAAUCACGUACUGUGAUCCCAAAUAGUGAAUAUAAUAUAAUUACGAGUUAUUUAUAAAAACUUUUCCUUUUUGUGAGGGAACAAGAGGGGUAUAUUUUUUACUGCAUGGACCAAGCAUGAGUGAACUAUAAAUUAUUAUAACUCAAUGAAUAGUGGCCAUUGCACUGAACCUUCUGUCAUGAAUUUUAAUUUAGUUAAUCAAGGUAAUAAAGGAUGGUCCCAGUCUCCCACUUAAACCUGCUUAUUAAUGAGGAGAAUCAUUUCUAGUUCAAGUUGUAUAACUAAACAGAUAAAGGAAGAUGAAAACAGUGUCUCAAUGAAGGAAGUACAGCUGGAACUGUCGACAAGGUGUAAAAUGAAAUCAUAGAACUGAGGGGACCUCAUUUUCUUUUGGCGGCUAUCUAAUAUUAUUGGCCUAAUAUGAGAUGCAGUCUUCAUCGUUCAAA